AUGGGUGGUAUUGAUAGUUUUCAUCACAAAGCAAAAGAAAAUUGUGAAUUUUUAUUGAAAGCAAAACAAUCUAUUAGUGCAGCCUUCAACAAGCAAACCAAGAUUGAGGAGAGUAAUUAUAAACUUCGUUUAGGUGCUUCAGUUUGGUGUUGUAAAUUUUUAUUGAAAAAUGGUUUACCAUUUCGGGGUCAUGAUGAGUCAAGUGACUCUCUUAAUAGAGGGCUUUUCUUGGAUUUAUUAUCUUUCUUGAGAGACCAUAAUGAAGGCCUUCGCAAUGUUACCUUAGAAAAUGCUCCUCAAAAUAAUCAAGUGACGUGCCCGAGGACUCAAAAGCAAAUUAUUGAAUGCUUUUCAACAGAGAUAAUUUUAGAAAUUUGCAAAGAAAUUGGUAAAGAUGUGUUUUCUUUAUUGGUUGAUGAAUCGAGUGAUGUAUCAAAAAAAGAACAAAUGGUCAUAGUUUUGAGGUAUGUCGACAACUGUGGAGUGGUGAAGGAAAGAUUCAUUGGAGUGGUGCACGUGAAGGAUACAUCCUCUUUGACUCUUAAAGCAGCCAUAGAUGACGUUUUUACCCGACAAGGUUACGAUGGGGCAAGCAAUAUGCGUGGUGCAUUUAAUGGUCUAAAAGCUUUGAUUUUACAAUAUAAUGAUUCAGCGUAUUAUGUGCAUUUAAUGGGGUUCACAUUUCAAAACCAUCACAAGUUCGAUGAACUUAUUUUCGGAGAACGUAUUGUUAAAGAAUCUUCAAAAAAGGAUCAAGAUAUUUUAGAAGCGGCUUCUUUGGUUAGAGGGACAAUGGACGCAUUGAAGUCUUUAAGAGACACAGGGUUUGCUAAACUUUUAUCGAAUGUAUUCUCUUUUUGUCAAAAACAUGAUAUUAAUAUUGUGGAGAUGAAGAAAAAUUAUGUCACAUCAAAAGGCCGUAAGACUAAAGUUACUAAUCAAUUUCAUUUUAAAGUUGAAAUUUUCAACACCGUCAUGGAUAUGCAAAUUAUAGAAUUCGGGGACCGAUUUAGUGAACUUAGCACCCAAUUACUAGAAUACAUGGGGACUUUGAGUCCUUGUGAUUCAUUUUCUAAAUUUAACAAAACAAAGUUGUUAAAGUUGAGUGAGUUAUACACAAAAGAUUUUGAUGAUGCGGAGAGGAUACAACUUGAUGGUGAACUUGAAAUAUAUUAUCACGUUUUGCAUAAAUAUGACCGGUUCACUAGUUUGCAAGAAAUUUCCGACCUUUCUCGUUUGAUGGUGGAAACGGGGAAACAUCGGUCUUAUCCUAUGGUUUAUAGGUUGUUGAAGUUGGUUUUGGUUUUACCCGUUGUAACCGUUGUUGAAAGAUGUUUUUCAACGAUGAAGUUUUUAAAGACGGAUUUGCGUAACAAAAUAGGGGGUGUAACGAAAUUUACUCGCAUUAUCAAAUCCAUCAAAAACCUCUCUUCCUUGUUCAGACGCUGGUUAAACCCCGCAGCCGCCACAAGCCUCAAUCUCUACUGCUCGUUAGCUCUAAAGAACAGAGAUAUCGCACUUACUGAAUCAUAG